CACACACACACACACACACACACACACACUCACCCUCUCUAUUCGUCACACGAGUCAAAGGUCAACCAACAUGGCGGCUCGCUGCUGGCUGAGGUCCGAUCUGCGGUCCGCCGUCCGGAGUUUGAGGCUCAGAGCGGCGUGUCUGCACGGCGCGGCGUCUCUCCGUCAGCAGGAGGCUCCUCCCCCUGAGGGGCGGUUCUUCAGCCCGGUGGGCGGGGCCAUGCUGCUUCCUGGAAGCUUCCGGGACAAAGUGGCCUUUGUGACGGGGGGGGGCACGGGGCUGGGCCGCGCCAUGACGACCACGCUGUCCCAGCUGGGCGCCACCGCCGUCAUCGCCAGCAGGAAGCUGGACGUGCUGCAGCGCACGGCCGAGGAGAUCAGCAGUCAGACAGGAAACCAGGUGCAUGCGGUGCAGUGUGAUGUCAGAGACCCUCAGGCUGUAAUGAGGUGUGUCGACCAGCUGGAGGCGCUGACGGGUCUGCCUGACGUGAUCAUCAAUAACGCUGCAGGUAACUUUGUGUGUCCGUCGGAGCGUCUGUCCCCGAACGCCUGGAGGACGAUCACGGACAUCGUGCUGAACGGGACGGCCUACGUCACCCUGGAGCUCGGCAAGCGCCUCAUCCAGGCUCGCAAAGGUGCUGCCUUCCUGGCCAUCACCACCAGCUACGCUGACUCGGGGUCAGGCUUCGUGGUUCCCAGCGCGGCGGCGAAGGCCGGCGUGGAGGCGCUCUGCAAGUCUCUGGCGGCUGAGUGGGGGCGUCACGGCCUGAGAUUCAACAUCAUCCAGCCUGGACCAAUCAGAACCAAGGGGGCGUUCAGCCGCCUCGACCCCACCGGCUCCUUUGAGGAGGCGAUGCUCGGCCGGAUCCCCGCCGGACGCCUCGGCACGCCGGACGAGGUCGCCAACCUCGCAGCCUACAUGUGCAGCGACUACAGCAGCUGGAUGUCUGGAGCGGUGGUGCGUCUGGACGGCGGUGAGUUCGUCUCCAUGGCGGGGGAGUUCAACGAGCUGCGCCGGGUGACAACAGAGCAGUGGGCUGUGAUGGAGGCCAUGAUCAGAAGCACCAAGGGCUCCUAAAGACACCACACACACACACACACACACACACACACUCACACACACACACACACUCACACACACACACACACACACACACUCACAUCCUGCCUUCUGAACUGUUGCCUCACUCUGUAAUUGAAAUGUUUAAUUAGUUAAUUGAAAGAUGUUUGUAAUUGAACCAGAGCAGCCAAUCAGCUGACAGAGUCAUCAGCACGGACAGGUUAGACCCCGCCCACUCCUGAUGGCUGUAAUGUAAAUAUGGUCGUAGCUCCAUCAGUGAUGUGACUUCCUGUCCAGCAGGGGCCUUCUGCUCUGAAAGCUGAUUGGCCAGAGGGUGAGCGUGCUCACUGCUCAUUGGUCCACAGGGCUCUGUGUCCUCGUCAGCUGUUAUGAUGUCAUAAUGUUUGUUUAUUAAUAAAAGCCACAGGAAGUGAA